UUCGCCUGGCUGCGCUCCCGGCUGCAGUCGGCCGUAGACAGGAACGUCACAGUCUGGAUCAUGGGGCACAUCCCGCCGGGCAUCGAGACCUACGGAUACAGCGAGCUCUGGCGUCCGGCUUACGUCGAGAAGUACCUCCCGAAGAAAAACAAACGCCAUGGACAAAAACUUUUGGCGCUCCGCGCGGCUUCCUUGCCGCGCGGAGCCAGGAAACCUGCGCGGAGAGCCAAAAGUUUAUGCUCGUGGCGCUGUUUCUUCUUCUGACCUCGCCAUCGUGCAGGACCCAACGCUCGGGCCCGCCGUGGCAGCGCAGCUCUUCGGGCACGUGCACAAGGAGGAGUUCCGACUGCUCCCCAAUGCGCCCCGAGGGGCUGGCCCCGUGCUCCUCACGUCGGCCCUCAGCCCCAUCUACCAGACCAACCCGCAGUUCCGCGCGUUCGAGUACGACCCGGCCACCGGCAGGCCAGUGAGCUACAACGAGACCUACGCCGAGCUCCGCGAGGGCACCCAGGAGCCGCUGUGGAGCUUCGGGUACGAUCUCGUCGACGCCUACCCGGUGCUUCGGCAGGGUGUCCGGGAGAGCGGGUUCCUGCUGAUGGACCACUUCGCACAGCUCGCCGAGAGACUGGGGGCCGGUCUGGAGGAGUGGGACACCUAUGCGGGCUGGUACGCGACGCAGCGGGCAAACGACCUCCAAGGCUGUGGCGUGGCGACGAGGCCCCAGGGCGGGGCGGCCGGGCUCAACGAGACGCAGAAGCUCGCGUGCCGCAAGAAGUACAUCUGCGCCCUGACGGUCCGCACGCAGGCUCAGUUCAACGACUGCGAGGGCGCCUCGGCUUGGGAGCAGGAGGGUCAGCGGCUGUCCUCGAGGCUUCUGCCGCACAGUCCGCACCUGUACUACCCGACGCUGCACCACCAGUGGCUCGCGGAGCAGCGCGACGAGAAGGAGUCCGUGCGCGAGCUGCGAGGCGCGCUGGCCGACGGCAGGAUCAGCGACGUGGAGAGCUGCACGGGGAGGCUCCAGAGGUCGCAGCCAUCGUAGACGGUGAUCGGGUUCUGCCACACGGGUGCCCCCUUUAGAUCUCGCAGCCAUCGUAGAUUGAGUUGGCGGAGAUGUUUCAGAGGACGUUGGGUCGAGAGCCGCCCCUGCCAAACCGCUUACAGUGGUUUGGCAGGGUCAUCGAUUGACGGUGGCCUCUGCGCUUGUUUCGGACAUGAGAACGUAUGCCUUUGGACCCGUCAGCUGCAUCAACCUUUGGCUGGCAGUUCCUUGGUUUUCUUAGUGUUAUGACGUGCACCCCCAGCCUCGCCGCCAGCUGCAGGAGGCUCUGGCAGGCAGCUUUUUAUUGCGAAGGCCUUACAGCCGGUGCCGCCGACCCUGGAGGCCCGGGCUCUCGACGGGAAUGGGUGCGCUGUGGAUGUUUCUUCGUUUGCUUUGUGUUAUGACGUGAGCCCCUAGCCUCGUCGUCAGCUGCAGGAGCCCCUGGCAGGCAGCUUUUUAUUUGUAGAUCGGACAAUGGAUGUGUACACAUCAUUCGCGGUACUGUCGCAUCCUCACAGACGACGCUCUCCCUGCCGACAUUCACUCGAACAGUGACAUGUUGAGGUUGAACGGCACCUUGUGGGGGGGCGUUUUGGCGGGAUCCCGAGA